GUGACUCAGAAAAAAGACUUGAAAAAGAAUGAUAUAUUCUACCAGCUAAUUCACUAGAUACUACCUCUGUACACGAAAUAGUCCGCAUCUCCAUAAUGUUUUGAAAAAAAAAAAGAGAUCUGAUCAAAAUCUUUUUAAAGAUUUUAUCAGUAAAGUACGCGCCGAAUUUCAUUGUAAUAGCAGGACUUAAUUGCCGUGACAUUAGUAUGAAGAACGGGUCUGUCAAAUUGCUGUCGACUUUCCUGGGUGUCUGCUUUGCAGUCGCGGUGGUCGGAUACAAGCCUGUCAUCAUCGUCCAUGGGCUAUUCGACGGCUCCAAAGAGUUCACGUACUUGGUGCGCCUCAUCAACCAAUCCCACCCAGGUACCAGUGUUUUGGUGAUUGACCUGUAUGACUACAAAGCCAGUCUAAAGGCACUAUGGAAGCAGGUGCAGGGCUUCAGACAGGCAGUCCUCCCCAUUAUGCAAAAUGCUGAGGAUGGCGUUCACCUCAUCUGCUUCUCCCAAGGUGGAUUGAUAUGUAGGGGACUGAUCUCUACUCUUCCUGACCACAAUGUUCACUCCUUCAUCUCUCUCUCUUCACCACAGGCAGGGCAGUAUGGAGAUACAGACUACCUGAGGCAUGUAUUCCCUACCUUUGUGAAGGCGCAUCUUUAUAAGGCCUGCUACAACAGCAUAGGACAAAAGUUCUCCAUCUGUAACUACUGGAAUGACCCCCAUCACAGAGAACAGUAUGUGAAACAUAGUGAUUAUCUUGCAGUACUCAAUAGUGAGAGACCAAACCCAAAUGCAACAGUUUGGAAGAAGACCUUCCUUCGCAUCAAAAAAUUGGUAUUGAUCGGGGGACCAGACGAUGGAGUCAUCACUCCAUGGGAGUCCAGCCAUUUUGGAUUUUAUAAUGACAACGAGACCAUCGUUGAUAUGAAGGACCAGGAUGUGUAUGUAAAGGAUGUGUUUGGGCUGAAGACACUGGACUCCAGAGGAGACCUGGUCAUAUGUGUGUUUCCAGGAGUGAAGCACACCAAGUGGCAUUCCAACGACAAAGUGUACCGUGACUGCAUUGAGAAGUGGCUCACAUGAGCCUGGUCGCUGUAGUUACACACUCAGAGAUACUACACACCCAUUACUGCAGAGAGAUGUACUGCACACACACACGCACACACAUACAAACAAACACAACCACAACAUACACAAACACACAUAAUCACAGAAUGUAAACUCACAAACACCUGAUUCUCACACCAACUUUACAUAAUUU